GACUACUCCAAGGAAAACUCCCACGCCUCAGAAUUUCUCCUGUGCUCACACACGCACAGACACACACAAACUUCCAGAAGGAGACACACAGACAGGAGCCGUCAAGACUUCGGACAAGCUGUCAGAGCUCCGAAAUGGCGCUCCUCAUCCACAUUUGGACGACUCUGGCGGUGCUGUGGUGUCCCGCCUGGACGCAGGCACCCGACUUAUCAGACGGGUGCACGGAAGGAAGCUGCUACCCGGCCACAGGUAACCUACUGAUCGGUCGGGCCCACAAGCUCAACGCCUCGUCCACCUGCGGCCUCGGCGGAGGCGAAACUUUCUGCAUCGUGGGACACUUGGAGGAGGAGACCAACUGCUUUGUGUGCGACUCCAGGCACCCGUACGACAAGGACUUCAACCCGCUGAGCCACACCAUCGAGCACGUGGUCACCACCUUCGGCCCCAACCGCCUCAAGACGUGGUGGCAGUCGCAAAACGGUGCGGAGAAUGUGACCAUCAAGCUGGACCUGGAAGCCGAGUUCCAUUUCACGCAUCUCAUCAUGACUUUUAAGACGUUCCGGCCGGCCGCCAUGGUGAUCGAGCGUUCCAUGGACUUUGGGAAGACGUGGCAGGUGUACCGCUACUUUGCCUACGAUUGCCGGUCGGCGUUCCCCGGCGUGUCCCCGGGGCCCAUGCUCAAGGUGGACGACAUCAUCUGCGACUCGCACUACUCCGACAUCGAACCCUCCACCGAGGGAGAGGUGAUCUUCCGGGUGCUGGACCCCGCCUUUGAGAUUGAGGACCCGUACAGCUUGAGGAUUCAGAACAUGCUGAAGAUCACCAACCUCCGUGUCAACUUCCUGAAGCUGCACACGCUGGGAGACAACCUGCUGGACAAGCGCGAGGAGGUGACACAGAAGUACUACUACGCCGUCUACGACAUGGUGGUCCGGGGAAACUGCUUCUGCUACGGACACGCCUCCGAAUGCGCCCCCAUCGAGGGAGCGCCCACGGGGGCCGAGGGAAUGGUUCACGGGCGUUGCGUGUGCACCCACAACACCGAGGGCCUGAACUGCCAGCGAUGCCGGAACUUCCAUCACGACCUCCCCUGGAGGCCCGCCGAGGGCCGCAACGCGCACGCUUGCAAGAGGUGCGAGUGUAACCGCCACUCGGGUUCCUGCCACUUCGACAUGGCCGUCUACAUGACGACGGGUAACGUCAGCGGUGGAGUGUGCGACGACUGUCAGCACAACACGGUGGGGCGCCAGUGCGAGCAGUGCGCCCCCUUCUUCUAUCAGCACCCCAACCGAGACCUGCGGGACCCCAACGUCUGCGAACCUUGUAACUGUGACCCGGUGGGAUCCCUGGAAGGAGGGCUUUGUGACGCCAGGACCGACGUGGGGGCCGGACUCAUCUCGGGCCAGUGUCGCUGCAAAGCCCACGUUGAGGGGAUCCGCUGCGACCACUGCAGACAUGGACACUACGGACUGGGAAAGGGACCGGACGGAUGCCUGGCCUGUUCCUGCAGCCCCCUGGGAACGCUGCCGGGAAGCGACUCCUGCGACCCCGAUUCAGGAAGGUGCUUCUGCAAGCGACUGGUCACCGGACACGAAUGCGACCAGUGUCGGCCACAACACUGGGGUCUAUCCAAUGACAUGGAUGGAUGUAGACCAUGUGACUGCGACAAGGGAGGGGCCCUCAACAACAACUGCGACCCGGUGUCCGGACAGUGCGAAUGCAGGGAGCACAUGUUCGGCCGGCGCUGCAACCAACUGGAGUCCGGUUACUACUUCAUCGCUUUGGACCACUACACCUACGAAGCCGAAGAGGCCAUACUCGGACCCGGUGUGACGGUGGUCCAUCGACCGUACCCUCUGGAUCGCACCCCCACGUGGACCGGGAUGGGGUUUGCCAACGUACCAGAGGGAGCCUCUUUAGAGUUUAUCAUAGACAACAUCCCGGACUCCAUGGACUACGAUGUUCUCAUCCGCUACGAGCCGCAGCUUCCAGAGCAGUGGGAGCAGGUGGACUUCCGAGUCCAGCGUCCCGUUUUCAACCCUCCCGACUACUCCGCCCACUGCGGCGGUUCCAUCGGCGAUGGCGACGAGCAGUACGUCUCCCUGGCGCCCGGCUCGAGACACGUGUUAUUGCCCACGUCCGUUUGUUUCGAGAAGGGACAGAACUACACCGUCCACCUCAGCCUGCCGCUCUACUCGUCCUACAGCGACACGCAGAACCCCUACACGCUCGUCGAUUCUCUGGUACUGAUGCCUCGUGUCCGGGAGCUGGAAAUAUUCCUGGGCACAGAGGGCGAAGUAGCGUGGGAAACGUUCCAGCGCUACCGUUGCUUGGAAAGCAGCCAGAGCGUGGUCAAGAGCCCAAUGACGGACAUCUGCAACGAAUACAUUUUCAGCGUCUCGGCGUUGCUGCACAAAGGGGCCAUGCCAUGCCAGUGUGACCCGCAAGGUUCCGUCAGCUCCGUGUGCGAACCCCACGGAGGCCAAUGUCAAUGCCGACCCAAAGUGGUCGGGAGGAACUGUGACCACUGCGCCCCUGCCACCUUCCUCUUCAGUCCGUCCGGAUGCAGGCUCUGCGAAUGCGACCCUCGAGGCGCCAUCGGCGCACUUUGCCACCAAUCGACCGGGCAGUGCACGUGCGUUCCCGGGGCCACGGGUCGCCAAUGCGCUCACUGUCUACCGGGAUUUUGGGGCUUCCCUCAUUGCAGACCGUGUCAAUGUAACGGCCACAGCGAAGUCUGCCACCCCGAGACGGGAGAGUGUCAAGGCUGCCGAGACCUAACCGCCGGGCACUACUGCGAGAGAUGUCUGGACGGUUACCACGGUGACCCUGAGCUGGGAUCCGACAGCCACUGUCGACCCUGUUUGUGCCCCGACGGCCCUGGUUCGGCACGUCAGUUUGCCGACAGCUGCUACGUAGAAGCCGAUACAAACGCGCUGGUGUGCGUGUGCAGCUCCGGCUACAAAGGUGCCAGGUGCGACGAGUGUGCCCCAGGUCACUUCGGUAACCCGCUGCUGCCCGGCGGGCGUUGCUUGGCGUGCCAGUGCAACGGUAACAUUAACACGCAAGACCCCGGCUCCUGCGACAUCCGCACGGGCUCGUGUCUUAAGUGUCUGUACCACACGGACGGCUACGCCUGCCAGCACUGCAAAACCGGCUACUACGGCAAUGCCGCCGCUCAAAGCUGCAGAAAGUGCAUGUGCCAGCCGACGGGCACGGCGCCGCACGCAUGUUCCUCGCCGGAUGAGUGCCAGUGCGACCAACACAGUGGGCAAUGCGCCUGCCUGCCCAACGUGGUGGGCCAGAACUGCGAGCGCUGCGCGGAGGACACGUGGAACAUGGCGAGCGGGACGGGCUGCCAGGCCUGCGAUUGCGACCCGCUCCAUUCAUUUGGCUCUUCUUGUGAUGAGGUGACGGGAUGGUGCUCGUGUAAACCCGGUUUUGGUGGCAGGACGUGUCGGGAAUGCAGGGAGCUCUUCUGGGGGGAUCCGGAAGUGAAAUGUCACGCCUGCGACUGCGACAUCCGCGGGAUUUCCAGCCAGCAGUGUGACCGCGUGACCGGACACUGCACAUGCGUGGAGAGCGUGGCGGGCCCUCGUUGUGACAAAUGCGCCAGGGGUUACCAAGGAGAGUUCCCGGACUGCCAGCCUUGUCAUCAAUGCUUUGCCACCUGGGACGGGGUGGUCGAGGAGCUGAGCAACCAAACGCGGCGACUGGAGGCGAAGGUGACCGAGCUUCAGACCAGCGGCGUAACAGCGCCGUAUAAAGACUUAGUGAGCAGCCUGGAAAGCAACAUCAAGGCAAUCAAGGAGAUUGUGGAGACCAACCCUGCGGCAAUGAAGCUGGAAGAGAUCCAGGACCUGAUGCACCAGAUUACUGGGGUCAUGUCCUACGUGGACGGGAAGCUCAACACAUCAGAGGAGACCUUAAAUGUCCUCCAAAGUGACGCCAACGUCACUGACACCAACUUGGAUGAGCUGACGGAGCGGGCAAACGGGUUGGAGCGCCGUGUCCAGGAGCUCAGGCAGCAGGUGUAUGAUGCCAAGAAUGCAAACUUCCAGGGUGCCAUGGACACCAUCUUAGAGGCAAAGGAGGAGUCGCUGAGAGCGGAAAUCCGAGUCAAUGCCUCCAGCAGCGAUCGCGGGAGCUCCGUGGAGCAGUCGGCGGCGCUUCGGAAAGUGACCGAGGAGAAGCUGAGUGGAAGUCACAAGGACUUUGAUCGCAAGCACCAGCGAAACACUCAGAAGCUGGACAAGCUCAAGAGCGAUCUGGAGAAACUGGAUCUGGCAUCUCUCAGCGAGAAGAUGUGCGGCGGUGCGGCCGAAGGCGACGAGUGCGCCGGAUCUCCUUGCGGCGGCUUGGGCUGCGAGGAUGGCGGCUCCCGGUGUGGCGGCCAAGGAUGCGGAGGCCUCGUCGUCACCUCCGGAAAUGCUCUCAAGUCAGCCAAGGAGCUGGACGAAGAAAUCCUGGCAGCCAUGCGAGAGGUGAACAAGCUCUCCAGGAUGGUGUGGGAGGCGAGCAAUCGAGCGAGGGAGGCCAAAGUCAACGCUCAGCAGGUGCUGAUCAAAUCCAACCAGAGCAAGGAGCGAGUGGAGCAGAGCAACGAGCAACUGCGCGGCCUCAUUAAAGACAUACGAGACCUUCUCACCAACGACAAGGCCAACGCAUCCGUCAUCGAGGCGGUCGCCAACGAGGUCUUAGCCCUGGAGAUGCCCACGUCCAGCGCGAAGCUGCAGGAGCUGACCAGGGAAAUCAAGGAGAAGGUCAACGCUUUGACCAACGUGGAGAGCAUCCUCAGCCAGAGUGCAAAUGACAUGAAAGCUGCAGAGAAGCUCUUGAAGCAGGCCGAGGCCGCCAACAAGGACGCGUCAGACCUGAAGGAGCGCUCAGAAACAGUGAAGAUGGCGCUGGAUGAGACUGAGCGUGCUCAGAACCUUGCCCUGGGUGCUAUCCAACUGGCCCGGAACAACACAGAGGGAACUCUGGACCUUCUACUUUCUGCGGAUACGGAGACGGCCGCGUCAGAGCAGCGUCUGAGCAAUACCACGGGGCGGCUGCUGCAGCUGGAGCUAGAGGUGGGCUUCCUACGGCAGAACGAGCUGGAGGUCAACAGCGUGGCGGAGACCGCCGAUCACAUCAGCCAACGUGCCGCGAAGGCGGCCGACGAGGCCCAGCAGGAGUUUGACGCAGAGGUGAAGGACAAAUUGGAGCAGGUGGAGGACCUACUGGAGGACAAAGGGGAGUCGGUGCUGCAGGCGAGGAGACGAGCGGACGAGCUGCAGCAGGAGGCCAGGGAACUGCUGGCUCAGAGCAGCAUCAAGCUGAAGACACUACAAGAGCUGGAGAGUUCCUACGCGGACAACCAACAAAUCCUCGAGGCAAAAGCCACAGAGUUGGCCGAGCUGGAGGAGGCCGCCCGCCGCAUCCUGGACGACAUCAGCCGCAAGGUGAUGCUGUUCAGCACCUGCCUGUGAGAGGAGCCAGCGGGAGUCGACAUCCCGUCCAUCGUGAGAAGGAAACCACUAGACGCCAAACGGACCUCAUUUGAGCAUCCACCACUUACACAACGUUAGGGAGAUUGGACUUUGGGGUGACAUUUCAAACACUUGCUGUUCGUUCAAGAACAAGUCCUGAAACACUGAACAUUCAAAUGAAGGUCAAGUUUUUUUUAAAUCUAUUUUAGCUCAAAGCACAAUUUUGUGAGUAAAUAGAGCAACAAGUACAAUAUUAGAUUACUGACCAAAUAUUUUUGAAGUCUCUUAGAAUAACUUUGUGGAAUCCUACUUAACCAAAAACAUUUAUUUUCUGUUCCAAGCAAAAUAAAAAGUAUACAUUUUUGCUCCUAAUCACAUUGUUGUCAUGAAAAUGUUGGGGUUGGCUUCCUCUUUAAAAUCAACUAUUGGGGAUGUUUUUAAAAUCAACUUUGAGCCACAACCA